AUGAGGAAACAAACGUCACCAGAUCAGAAGAAGCAAUGGUAACGGGGAUGAAUCAUAACAAACUGGCGGCGCGUCCUAACGCUGCUCCAUAUCACGCCCUGUUCCCGCAUUUAUUCCUCUCCAUCCCUCCCUCUUUCUCCUCCUCCCUCCACCUUUUCCUUUCUCUCUUUCUCCAUCCAUCCAUCCAUCCAUCCAUCCUUCCACCUGCUGCAUCCCCUCCUCCCUCCCCCGCAGCCUCUUCCCUCUCGUCCCUCCUCCUCCUUUUUCCUCCAUCCAUCACCCUCCGCCCUCUCCCUUCUCCGGCUCUCUGUACCGCAAUGCUGUAGUGCGGAGGGGAGGGGGGAAGAGCAGCAGCAGCCGCCGGAGGAGGAGGAGGGGGGUGACUGCAUUGCGCCGUCGCCGUCAAUAGGUGGACCCCCUCCCGGGGAAAUAAAGCCGCCCGAGCCGAAGCUGGCAGCCUCUGCUGUCUGAGACCACAGCUGCCGGUAAGAGCGUCUUGAAAGCUUGCUUUGCUGCCGAAGGACAACGCACCAUUAUUUCCAAACCCCCCUCCUUCCAUUUUUAUUUAUUUCUUUUUUGGGGGGGGGGAUACCUUUGCAAAAAUGGGGAGGGGACUGGAACAGGUGCAGCGAGGAAAGUGUGGGCUGCAGCCUUUAAAAAUAAUAAUACUGAAGCUGGGGGGGGGAUGUUGGUGCUUUAAACGUUUUGCAAAAAAAAAGGGGGGGGGAAGGCUGGGCUUUUUAAUUUUUUUGCAAAGGAGGAGCAAUAAUAACGGGCGUUUUAUUUGUUUGGCGAGGCGGCGAUGGCUUUUUGCAAAAUUGCGCUUUCCCACCCAACCCUUCCCCGUUGCAAUCUCCCGUCUGGAAUCGUCUCUUGUCUCUUUUCUGUAAUCCCCCCCCCGCCCGAAAAAACCCCGAAACCAUUUCCACCCCUUCAAGUUGCGCAGGUGAUAUUGUGGAAGCGGGUCCGGGAGAGCAAGCGCGCGUGCGGGUUCCAGGGCGCGCGACCCCUAAGGCAGUUAAGCCGGCCAGGAGCAUCCGCGACCCAAACGGGCGUUCCGGCAGAACCGGCCUGUGGAUCGGACUCCUGGGCGGGGGCGGGGGGGAAUCGCUUUGCUGGGGUCCGGAUCCUGUUUUCUGUCUUGCUUCCAAGCAGCUCUCUUAACUUGCACAGUCAUUCCAACCCGCGCGCGCCCCCCUCCCGGCUUUAUUGUCUUGUCUCGACACCCCCCCUCCCUCCUACACAUUUAAGGCCUUCUUCGCAUUUAGAAAUUGAACCCCCCCUUUUUUUAGAGGUGGGGGAACAGGUGGGGGCUUGGAGAGAGCUUAGCAAAAACCCUCCCUGCGUCGCACCGGUUGACCUUGCCACCAUAUCCCUGGCCAGAUUAUACGAUCUGCAAAUAAUCAUGAUAAUAAUAACCCAAUUGUUUUUUGAAAAUUAGGUGGGGUUUUUUUGUUGGGGGAGGAGGAGGUGUGUGUUGGGGGGGGGGGGUCAGCGAAAGGAAAAAGAGAGGGGGAGGGGGUUGCAGCAGGUUUGCAUUGCUUUUCCCCAGAAUUUAUUUCGUUUCAGCUCUGCAGGGAUUUGCGCGGCGUUUUUAGCUCCGCAGGGGAUCUGAGAUAGGUUGGGUCAUUCGGUUUUAAAAAUAACCCCUUGCAAAAGGCGGGUGGGGGGGAUGAUGUGGCUGAGAGCUGCAUGCCUUCCUAGCUGAUCCAAUCCCUCAUGUGGGUGGCGUGUGACAAAAGAGUGGCAGGGACAACCUUCAGAUACACCCCCUUUUCCCCCCACCCCACCCCAUCACACCACAACCCCAAAGCGGGAGAUAUAUAGAAUUAGCCGUGCUCAGCUUGACAGAAAUGAGCAGCAGAAAAUGGCUGGGGUUUUAUGUUGCAUGAACAUAGAGGCUUCUAGAACCAGAUAUGGUGGUUUAUGCACUGAGAUACAUUUUGCAACUUGGGCGAGCCGAGGCUGUGCGAUUUGCAGAGCCUGCUUGCAAAAAGAGUCCAUAUUCCCAAAUUAUAGCCCCUCCUCCUCCCUGUGCAUUUGGGGUACGUUUUGAUACGGCGAGAGAGGCAGGUGGAUUUCAACCCCCCCAGCACAGGAGCAAGAGUGUCUGAAAAUCAGGCUUUUAUUUUCUUUUAUUUUGGAAUGAUGGAGCGCAGCUUUGUGUAAAGGUUUCGAAAGCUGAAAACGUAGGCUUCUUGGCUUCUAUCGACCUAAGAUUUCCAGAUCUGCCUCUGCUACAUCUUGGUGUUAUGGGGGAAAGCUGAGCUCUCCCUCCCCCCUUACCGCCCCCCCCCUUACCGCUUGAUCCUUCCACGCACAGCCAGAUUCCAGUUUAGCCGCUCUAGGGAAGCACACCAAACAGCUAUUUCUGGCUCUUUCCAUUUGUGGGCACCAUAUUGUCCUUUCCGAAGAUGAGCUUACUGGGAAAUUUCCUGAGGUGGAUCUGAACGCCCGUGCAGAGGAAAACCUCUCUGCUUUCGAUACGAUAUCUUCAUUGUCAUUGACCCAACAGAACAAUGAAAUUGAAAAAUCUACAUAAGACAUUCAAAAACCGCUAAAAAUUCCGAAACCCCAUUUUAAAAUACAAUAUAUUAUAGAGACUCCUUAUACUGCGUUUAAAAUUGCAUUUGGGUAGAAGCUGUUUCUCAGGCGGCUAGUCCUGGUCUUUAUAACCCUAUACCUUCUUCCAGAAGGCAGAAGUUGAAAGAGAUAAUUUAUGUCGCUUAGGAAAGCGUAGUCCACGGGAUUAGGUGCAAUGAAGGAGUUCUUGCAAUUAUUAUAUACCUGGGGUGCGUGGGAAUGAAAUCACACUUUGUGCACAAGAGUGGCGGAACCAAACAUCACUUAUUUGGGAAAGGGGUUUUUAGGAGAGGCUACCAGUUCUAAAAAAAGGCAAUUUUGGGGCGAGAAGGAGAUUGCGCAGGCAUCUCUGGCUUGCAGCGCAACGGGGUUGCCGUUGGUGUCAGUGGGGUGGACCCAGAAGGAAAAACACAAACAAAACAAAAAACGGGUUCCUUUUCCCAGCUAGAGUCGGGGUGGAUUUCUCCCAUGGCAGACAGAAAAUCCUCCUUCUGUCUGGCCUACAUUCUGCCUGCUGUUUAUCCAGCGAAAGAUCUGAUGGGUUAAAGCACAGGCUUAACUUUGCGACAGGAAACCCCAGACAAAGACGCAAACACACACACACACACCCCGGGGCUGGAAAAGGCUCUGUGGCAGUUGCGUGUCUGGCUGUUGUGUUGUGCUCCUGUUGCUCCUGGCGACACUCCUGAUCUCCUCCUCUCUCGCACUGCUCUUUGCAGCAGCCGCCUCGCCCGGUCACAGCCGCUGCUGAGCUCUCCAUCCCUCCGCAAGCGCCGGCCUGCCGAUCACAGAUCCCGAGGAGAGGAAAGAUGGGGAAGGAGAAGACCCAUAUCAACAUUGUUGUCAUAGGACACGUGGACUCCGGGAAAUCCACCACCACCGGCCACCUCAUCUACAAAUGUGGGGGCAUCGACAAAAGGACCAUUGAGAAAUUUGAGAAGGAAGCCGCGGAGGUAAGGCUCAAAAGGCACACAUGUGUACAGUUUGACCUUCAAGUUUGCCCUUCCUUUUUCUCUUCUCUGGAACUAGAGUACGAGAUGGAAUAGGAGCAGUUGUUGCCUGCCGCUUCCCACAUCUAGAAGAAUAUUUGCUAUGCAUUGUGUCUCCUGUGCUUUUUCAUAGGUUCCUUUUCUAACUUCCACCACGAUGCCACAAUAUAUUUCCCUGGCCUGCCUCCCCUCGCAACUUCCAAUUCGUUACCCGAACAAGAUAGGCCCAAACAGGGAAGGGGGUGACAAUGGAAAGCCCCCGCAACAGUAAACUGCCCCACCCCCCCAUCUUCCUUUGGCAUUGCUACCCGGCCACACCAGCAUUUGUGCUGGUGGCAUUUCAGUUUGUGGUCCCAAGUUCCCUUUUCUCUGCGUGAGCAAUGUUGGUUGGAAACCAUGUUUGUUUUCUUCUGAGGCUAAUGCUUGUGAUAAUGUGCUCUUUUGGCAAAAUCGCCACCCCUGAAUAUAUAAUAAUAAUAAUGAUAAUAAACCUCAACUCUUAAAUAAUAAUAAUAAUAAUGAAAGGGAAAACGUUGCCUAGGAAACCUCAACUUUGCACCAAAAGCAGCAAAAUUGUGAAUUGUGCCAAAUUGCAUAAUUAUUUUGCAUAGUUUAAUGUACAUUUCUUUACUUUUUUAUUAUUCAUUCUGUUUGAGGGAGGGGUAUCAGGAAAAGAGCUGCGUAGGACUCUAAAGAUCAGUUUCAAAUCAGGUCCCCGCCCCAACUUUCAAACUUAUUUUUUGCACCUAUACAGACUAUGGGCUUUUUUUUUUUUUUGCAAAUGAAGCCAUGAGAUUCUGCACCCAGUGUCAGCCCAAUCAAAUGCCAGAAGGUUUAAGUUUAGGUCUUUGCUGAAAUGCAGAAUCUUCCAAUCACUGCUCUCCACCUACGCCCUGGUUAACUUGCCCAAUAACGCAGCACAGUGCGUCAGCUCAGUAGUAUAGACCGUGUGCUUUGGGUUCAGAACCCCCUAAUUUCAAUCUCCGGUAUCACCAGUUAAAAGGAUGAAAUAGCAGUGAUGCAGGCGGCCUCCCUCUGCUGAGAAGCCUGCGAGAUUGCUUUCCAAUAUAAUUCCCCCCUUUCCUUUAGGUGACCAGUCAGACCCUGAUCUUGAACAAAAUGCUCAUCUGUGGACAGCUCCCUCGACAAGAAUCCUGGGAACUGUAGCUUACCCAUACAGAACUACAAUUCCUAGCACCCUUAACAAUCAACAGAUCUCCAACUCAGUUCUGGGGCAGUGACCUGUGUCUGCUGCCGCUCUCCCUGACCUGGAAAUUCUGGCUGCUGUUACUUUAGAGAGAGUGGACUGUAGUUGCUCAUUGGAGAGGGGAAUGCAUUCUGCACAUGCCCAGAGUUGCUGUUUUGCACGUUUCUGGUGUUGCCUGUUACGGUUGCUGAGGGUGGUUAGGAGAUCCUCCACAGAGCUAUAGUUCCCAGCGCCGUGUGCAGCCUACAUUUCCCAGGAUUCCUUGAGGGAAGCCAUGGCUGUUAAAGGAUGUUGUGGAUGUGGUCAAGCAACUUAGGGACAAAUCGUGCCGAAUAAAUACCUUGUCUGUUUAGAUCAGUAUUAUCUAGGGCUUGAGGCAGGGGUCUUUCCCAGUUCUGCCAGGAUUUGAACCAAGGACCUUCUGCGGGAGAAGCCAGUACUGUUCAACCGAGCUGAAGCAAUUCCCGGAAAUAUCUGGUCCCCAUCUUUGUCUUAGGCUCAGCUGUUCUUUGAGGGCAAGAGGCUCAGGAGACAGAGCCCGUUACAGUCUUUGGUAGCUGCGCCAAAUAAAUAUGGACCUGUAUAGUCUGAAUUAGGGCAUAGCUACACUUCAGACUUAAGCCAGAAGAGCCUAGAGGACACCAGCUGUGCUGAAAAUUCUGUAGCAGACCCUCAAAAAGUGGGGCAGAUGUUACUUUGCCUAAGUCCUGCAAGACAACUGGUCACUCCAGAGGGCUAUCUUAACUUAAGUGAGCAGAUGUGUUUUCUUCCUAAACUCAUUUUCUAAUGGUCCCCACUUGAGAUUCUUCCGGGGGGUGGGGGUGGGAGGCGCAGAAUGGUGGGGAACCUUUCACAACAUAUUGUCAGAACCAGCUCUAGUUCUUGUUGUUGACUGAAUCUGUAGUUUGUUAUUAGUUAUUACCUUAAUAUCCGUCUUCCUGCCCCCAAGUUGCUCAACGCAGCUUAUGUGAUCGUCCCUCAAUCCACCUUUGUCUUCAUAACACCCCUUUGAGGUAGGCUAGGCUGUCUCGAGAUCACCCAGUGAAGUUUAUGACGUGAGAGCAGAGUCGACCCCUGGUCUCCCAGGGUGCAACACUCUGAACCACUUCACAACACUGGCUGUUUUCUGAUGCCCAAGAAUUGAGGGUCUUAGCUGUCUAGUUACUUGACCAGACUGGUAUCCGCUGCACUCUUUUCCCUGCUUUCAUAAAAAGCAUACCUUGGACCCCGGACAAUGAGUCUAGGCCACCAGAAACCUCUCUUGCACAACCCUCAGAUGGAGAGAUGGCCGCUUCUUAGAAACAAAGCAUCCUCCUUGACUUGUUCCAUUGCACCCACCUUUCUAUCUCCCCUGACUCUCUUUAUAUUGCUUCGCUUAACAUCCAGUCUUAAAAAAACAGCUCCGGAAAAAAAGCUUGUCUAGAACAUUGGGACUUCCAACUUGGUCUUCAUAAAGGAAUCACAAAUUGCUCUCUCCCAAGUUUUGAGUUCCCUUCCCAAUGGACCAACAUGGUUGCUUGAUAAUUCUCUAGUAGAUGGUAUGUUUCGGGUGCUUUUUGCUGAGUCAGCCCAUUGGUCUCCCUAGAUCAGGAUUGUCUACACACUGACUGACAGCAGCUCUCCAGGUUUUGAGUCAGAAGUCUGUUUUCGCAGCCCCACCUGAAGAGGCUGGGAAUUGAGCUUCAAUUCAGAAUGAAUACUCAGUAAACAGCCUUCUGACUUAGUGCACACCGUUGAGGACCGAUGCUCAAGAAACAGGUUAUGUGGAUAUGUUCGAGUUUCGCUGAUUCCUAUAUCACAGAACUCCUUUCGUUUUCUGCUGCCAAAAGUAGUAUCCUUUAUCCAUUGGCGAUGUUCUGUAGUGGGAAGGAAGGGAGUCAGCAUUUGAUCUGAGCCCACGGAUAAAUUGUGACGCCCGGAGCGUGUCAUUUUAGCCCCAGUGAUGCAUCUUUAAAAUGGGAGCAGCAGGUGAGGGAUUAUAGGGGAGGGGAGAUGAAAUGAAAUGAGGGAAGAAGGAAAUCCCCUUCUGAACCUUCUCCACUUCUCUGCCUACAGUCUCCCCCUCCCUUCUCCAGGAGGAGGGGGUCAGUGAGAGGGAACCCCCCUCUGCCCUGCCAUUCCCUAUCCCUAUAGUAAGACAGACCACCCAAAAGUGGUUGUUAACUGAGCAUCCUCAGCUUGUAUGUCCUAUUUCUGGGCUUAAACCAGGAAAGAUGGAUGCCUGCUUCUCUUAAUUCUCCCCACCCUCUGCCGGCUCAUGCAACUGGAAUAAAUGCAUAUUCUUACUCUGUUUACCCGUUCCUCCGUCUCUUUCACCACUCUUCUGUUGCCUUUCCCAGUGUCAAGUUGAAAUUGGAGCUGCUGCCAGCCUGUGUAGACAAUAUUGAGUCAGGUGGGUCUUUGGUUUGAGUCAAUAUAAGGCAGCUUCUUAGGAAGGGGGCUAGCUCAGCGGUAGAGCGUCUGCUCGGCAUGCAGAAGGAACAGAGGUUCAAUCCUCGGCAUCUCCAGAUAAAUGCUGGAAAAGGCUCCCGAUCUGAAACUCUGGAGAGAUGCUGCCUGCCAGGGUAGACAGUACUGAGGUAGAUGGACCAGUGGUCUGACUCUGACUCAACAUCAGGAAGAACUUUCUGGCAGUAGGAGCUGUUUGACAGUAGAACAGUCUCCCUUGGGAGGCUGUGGACUCUCCUUCCUUGGAUCUGUCCUGAAUGCUUUAGCUGAGUUUCCUGCAUUGCUGGGGGUUGGACUAGAUGCCCCUUGGGUUCCCUUCCAACUCUACAUUUCUGUUAUUCUGUGACUCAGGAUAAUGUAGCUUCGUGCGCUGCUAAUACCUCUGUCUUCAUACUUGGUAGAAUGCUAUGCCUGUUCAUAAAGGUAAAGGGACCCCUGACCAUUAGGUCCAGUCGCGGACGACUCUGGGGUUGUGGCGCUCAUCUGGCUUUAUUGGCCGAGGGAGCCGGCGUACAGCUUCCGGGUCAUGUGGCCAGCAUGACUAAGCUGCUUCUGGCGAACCAGAGCAGUGCAUGGAAACACUGUUUACCUUCCCGCUGGAGCGGUACCUAUUUAUCUACUUGCACUUUGAGUGCUUUUGAACUGCUAGGUUGGCAGGAGCAGGGACCGAGCAACGGGAGCUCACCCCGUCGCGGGGAUUCGAACCGCCAACCUUCUGAUUGGCAAGUCCUAGGCUCUGUGGUUUAACCCACAGCGCCACCCGCGUCCCUUAUGCCUGUUCAUAGUGCUAUAUAAAUAAUCAUAAUAAAUAACUCAGGUGAAUCUCAGGUUUGGGCAGGGGGACCAAAUUCCUAUUGCUUGCUGGUUGCCAAAGUUCUUGCAAAAAAAUAGAUACAGUGGUACCUCGGGUUAAGUACUUAAUUCGUUCCGGAGGUCCGUACUUAACCUGAAACUGUUCUUAACCUGAAGCACCACUUUAGCUAAUGGGGCCUCCCACUGCCGCUGCGCCGCCGGGGCACGAUUUCUGUUCUCAUCCUGAACCAAAGUUCUUAACCUGAAGCACUAUUUCUGGGUUAGCAGAGGCUGUAACCUGAAGCAUAUGUAACCCGAGGUACCACUGUAAACGUUUCCCUCAGUAGACCAUCUUGCAAGGCCCCCUCCUUGAGUUCUUAGAAGCACAAGGAUGCAGUGAAAAUCGCAAUGCCUGGUUGGGGGACUUGGAACCCUUUAGAUCAGUGAUGGCCAAACUUGGCCCUCCAGCUGUUUUGGGACUACAAUUCCCAUCAUCCCUGACUACUGGUCCUGUUAACUAGGGAUGAUGGGAGUUGUAGUCCCAAAACAGCUGGAGGGCCAAGUUUGGCCAUCACCGCUUUAGAUGUUGUUGGGACUACAACUCCCAGAAGCCCCAGGCAGCAAGGUGUGAUGGGAGUUGUGGUCCCAACGAUAUCCGCAUGGCUGCCUCAUGAGUUCCUGACUAUGCGCUCCUGUGCUAUAAAUUUACAGUUCUUUGGUAGAUCGUGGGGGCUUCUAGCAAAAAAUGUAAACCGUGUGAGGCUCAGUUGGCCUACCUUGCAAGGUUAUUGUAAGGCCAGUCAGAGUUAGAACUAUAAAUUGCCUGCUGGGUUACCUGAGCUGUAUGGGCAAGAGAUUGGGAUCCCCAAAGGGAUUUGCAAGGUGUUUGUCUGUGGGGCAGGGACUGGUGGAAAAGAGGGCACUUUUUGCCCUGAUUCUCACCUGGGUGGUGAGGGUACUGCAGGAAGCUCAUUCCCUGUUCCUCCCAGACACCCCCUUCCCAUCUAUUUCCUACCUUUGCAGGUAACAAAUAGGGAGGCGACCAUCAAAACAAAGCAGAUCAUUAAUCUCUGAUUGCACCGUGCGAGAACGGAGCUUGAUAGUGGGCUGUAAAUUCAACAAAAUUCAGCUGUGUUUUCUCUUCUUUGUUACAACAACUUAGCAAGUUUUCAGCCCUUAAGACAGGCAUUGAAAUAAUCUAUGCACUGCAAAGAUCUUAGCGGUUUGACGGAGUGGAUUGAGACAUCUUUUAGAGCUCAGGGACCAAUGUCCCUGUUCCUUCCUAGAAGCAGAAUAAAUUAUGCAGAAUAGGCCAGCGUGUGGAAAGUCCAGCACUCUGCAUAUUUUAAGUGGAUCAUAGAAUACUUUCCCGUGUUGGUGCAUGGUUAUUUAAUUAUGCAUGUGUUUUGGAAGCGGAAUGACAACAUAUUUAUGAAUAGGCCUUGUUUCCUUUCGUGCUGCUUUUGCAAUUUCUAGUUUUGCACCAAGGAGGCCAAAAAAAUUCCUCUUUAGGAAAGAGCGACGCCAUUUCACGACGACGCCUGUUACUGCCCACAGCCGCAUAUCCUGACUCCUUAUAUAAGAACCAAGAGAGGGAUCACAGUGAAUUCUCUUUUAAUGACACCUUCUUGACUGUUCCCUCAAAUAUACUGGGCAUAUUAUUUGCAAGGGCAGAUUCCUUAAUGUCUUGAUGUGCCCAUAGAUCAUUUGCAAAUUGCCUUUGGUCCCUGAACCAUUGGGACCAAAGGGCUUAACAUGGAACAAAAUGCACAAGUAUCAAAAAGCACCCCGGCUUUCCUGACUCACUUUCACCUUCCUGAGCACUGAGAAUAGUAUCCUAAGCUAUUGUUCCAUUUUGUGUGUGUUUUAUUUCAUCACCCUUCCCAUUUCUGCAGUCUCAGUGCACCCGCCUUGGUUGUUUACAUCCACGUCAAGCUCCCUCUGUGUUUAACUAUUCCAACGUUUUCGUACGGUGCUUUCAUGCUUACUCAAUAUAAUCCCUUUAUCAUACCUGUGAGGUUCUGAUAUGUCUGGCAACCUAAUAAGGGCAGGGACAAUUGGUUCAUGAUUAUCUCAAGCCUUUCUGUGUAUGGGGGGGUGGUGGGGUGGAUAUCCUCUCACCUAUGGCACAUUCUUCCUUUGGAGAUGCUUCAAAGUAGAUUUGAGCAUCUUUUGGAAACAUUUUAGGUGUUCCCAUUUGGGCUGGUUUUACUGGCUCCCACCCCAGGGACGCGGGUGGUGCUGUGGGCUAAACCACAGAGCCUAGGACUUGUUGAUCAGAAGGUUGGCGGUUCGAAUCCCCACGGCAGGGUGAGCUUCCGUUGCUCAGUCCCUGCUCCUGCCCACCUAGCAGUUCGAAAGCGCAUCAAGUGCAAGUAGAUAAAUAGGUACCGCUCCGGCGGGAAGGUAAACGGCGUUUCCAUGCGCUGCUCUGGUUCGCCAGAAGUGGCUUAGUCAUGCUGGCCACAUGACCCGGAAGCUGUAUGCUGGCUCCCUCGGCCAAUAAAGCGAGAUGAGCGCCGCAACCCCAGAGUCGUCCGCGACUGGACCUAAUGGUCAGGGGUCCCUUUACCUUUACUCCAGUUAAACUAUUUGAGGGGCGAAGGUUUCAAUUCAGUUUUUUUGCCAGCUGAUAAUUUUAAAAAACCGUAACAUUUCUGUCACAUGAAAUGUUAGUUGUCCAAAUAAAGAGAGGUCAGGAUUUAUGUUUUAAUUAAUAGAACAGAUAAACUAUGAGAAUAUCUUCAACAGGCAGACAAGAUGAUUUUGCACCGAGGAGAUAUCUCUGACUUUUUUUUUUUUGCCACGAGGUUUAAACAUGCCAUCAUGAGGUCUAGAUACUUAAAAAAUACAAAAAUGGAGGCCGUAGCUUUGAAAACACGUUAGAUGUGGUCGCCUCGCCAUUACUGUAAACAGUUGCCUGUCCCCCCCAUCGUUAUCUGAGCAAACAGCUCUACCUAGACCCUACAGCUUUGCAAGAGAUCUGUACCAGCUGCUGAGAUGCAGCGAGGUCUGGUAUCUUCUAAAAUAAGCUGCCGUUUCUUUGAAUCAGCCAGGCAAGCCUUGUGGCACCUUCGCUGGCACGGCAGAAAUAUGCAGAGGGACGUGAAACUGCUAUUAAUAGCCAAUUGACUCUGUGCUUUCAGCCUCCAUUUUCUGAUGCAAGGCAGUGUGUGGCGAGGGUAUUCCUUUCCAUGCGAUUGCUUUGGUAGGAAAUGGAGUCUGGCUCUAGUAAGAUUUUUCAAAGGUGCUGCUUAACUGGGGUUUUGUUGUUUUAGAGAGCUAACGUAAUGGAAGAGGGUCCUUUGGCUUAUGGAACAGAAGAUAGUAGCAGUUCAGGAGGCUUUCUCUCUCUUAAAAAAAUGAAACCCAUCCUUUGUGGCCUUAAACAAUAUGACUUUUCCUUCUGCCCAGCCAAUUCGAGAUGUAUCGAGUUCUGCAACAGAGCCGUUACUGUGCUAGGCUAGAAAAUACGGCCUUUUUCUUCCUCUUUUGGCCCACGAUCUCUGCGGGUAAUCGAAUAUAGGCAGAUGAAAAGAGGAGCAAAGGCAUUUUGCUAAAUAGAGGCUUGUCACACACUCAUAACAUGAUGCAGCAAGUUUCGGCGCAGUCCAUUUUUUCAGCCGGAAUGUACCAAUUUUGACGGCUACGGGAGCUGGAUGGGCUGAUUAGUCAACCUGAUAAAUCGUCGUCGUCAUUGGGUUGUACAGGGUGGGAUGAGGGUCAUGGUGCUUCUCUGGAAGGGAAACCCUUGUUAAUUGCAGGUCAGGAUCUGUCCUUCUCUACCCACCUGUCACACUGGGUCUGCUAAAUGCAAGGAACAGAUUAAUUCCAGCAACUCCCUGAGCAAAAGUAUUAAUUAAUUAAUUACGGGUGCUAUGUAUUCAGAAUCAAGGUUGCACUCCCAGCCCAAUAAUGUUGGUUUAUUCUGGUUUGAUUCUUCAAGGUUUUGUUAAUUGCUCUGGCAGAUACAGUGCUCGGGUUGUUGUUGUCAUUUAUGUAAUAAAAUGAUUAAUGAACUUGUGAUGUUGAAGUCCACUUUGUGGCAUUCUGGUCCAGAUAGUUAAACAGGUGUAGGGCUGUGUGUUGUGCUGCAGAGGGCUGAAAAUAAUAAUUUAUGGAAAAUAAGCAAAUGUGUGCAAAUCUUUUUCAGUGCGUAUGGUUCAUCCUGGUUCCUGAGCGCUGCUUGGGGCGCAGAAUAUUUAGAAGAUGUAUAAACUGCAGGAUCAAAUUGCUCUCCAAGCACUGUAGAAAUGAAACCCUACAGAACAUAUAGAGAGUUGGAAUAUAGGGACGUUUCGGUGGGGAGAAUGGAAGGAAACAUGGCGUUAUGCAGCUUUCUGGCCUAACUGCAGCAGGAAAACUGGGCAGGUUAUUCCUCAAAGGUGACAGGCAUCCGAUUUAGGAGAACAACGCAAGUUUUAUUAAUUAAUCGGGUAUGGUGUGAUGCCUGUCUCAGGGACUCUUAUCACGGCUAUAGAAUAACUUCACCUUUUUAGUGCUGCUACUGACCAUAUUCUGUGGAAUGGCAUUCCUGUCCCGAUACGACAGACGCCCACUCUCUGCACUUUGCAAAAACAACUGGAGACAGUUUUGUUCCGAUAGGCUUUCCUAGACGAGUGAAUGGUUCUCUGCCAUCAGUGCCUAUUUUGUAUCGUUGCUUUAAAUAAGUCUGCUUUUUUUGUUGGGAGUUGGUGUGUUAAAACUGGUUUUUAUUGUACAUUGUCCUGAGUGGAUUGUGUAGUUUUGAUAUGUGGCUUGGACCGACUUUUCCUGUAGCUGCCCAGCCUUGGUGCAGCUGUUGCCCAAAAAAGAGGAAAGUCAUCACUAAAGCACAGGUGUGCACACGUUAAUUUCUAUGUGUGGAUGUGAAUUUGGAAAGCACUGAUAAGAUUUAAAUGGAGGUGCAGCACAGCUCACCAUAGUGGGAAGAACUGAGCCAGGUAACCUGCAUACCUGCUUGAGCUGCUCUCCAGGUGAAUAACUUUGGGUGCUUGCAGGAAUUUUUCCAAGGGGUGGAGGGCAAAGGAAAAUGCAGAAGGCUAGUUAUCUUCACCUCCACAAAUAAUGAUGAGAAAAUAAAUCCUUGUCCAUUUCCCCUCAUAUCUCAGAAUCCACAGAUGCUGGAAACUUAGGUUUUUUAAAAAAAUGAAAGCUGGGGACCUCAAGAUUAUAGUUUGUGGUGGUGGUGGGGCAGAGAACUAACUCCUUGAUGGGCACCCUCAAAGCCCCUGCUUUCCCUUCUUAAGUUGUUGUUUUUUAAUCUUGCAAACGGACUCUGACCCUACAGCUUCGAAAAUAGGGGAAAACCUUCAGAUAGAGCAGGGGUCAGCAAACCUUUUCAGCAGGGGGCCGGUCCACUGUCCCUCAGACCUUGUGGGGGGCCGGACUAUAUUUUGAAAAAAAAUAAUGAACCUGUGCCCCACAAAUAACCCAAGAGAUGCAUUUUAAAUAAAAGGACACAUUCUACUCAUAUCAAAACACACUGUUUCCUGGACCGUCCGAGGGUCGGAUUUAGAAGGCAAUUGGGUCGGAUCCGGCCCCCGGGCCUUAGUGUGCCUACCUAUGAGAUAGAGGGCUGUCCUCUGCAAUGCAGGACACAUGGACAGGCCUUUGACCCUGGGUGGUUACUGCUGGGGACCCUGUAGGUUGUCGCUCAUCGUGAACAGAUCCUGCCGGUGAAAGCAUUUGACAACAUUCCCAGGUUGUUGGUUCAAAGGUUGGAAGAGGUUUCAGCAGCUUAGCAGCCAGAGACUGGAAAAGCAUUACAGGAAAUGUUCUGUAGGCACCACACGGGCUUCCCUUAGGCAUCUGGUCGGCCACUGCCAGACGAGGGUGAUGGACUAGGUCCCUCCAUCUUUUCUUAAGCUCUGCUAUUUUUCUAGAAAAAUAGGAACUCUUCAUGAACGCCUCCCUUGUUAUCCUAGAAUGGCAGUGGCGCAAAGGUGCUCGAAAUGCGUUUUGGCGAGUUCCCUGUCCCUCCUUAAUUGUGGUGCUUGAAAAAACCAGCCAUAAACGUUGCCUAGGCCCAGGGACCAACUUGGCAACCUUGCUCUCUCGGUUUUCAAACUUAAUCCGUUCCAAGGAUCAAUGGGAUGGCUGCAAAGUCAAUGGGGGAAUAAAAAGAAAAACGCAGCUCGGAAGCCGUUCAUUCCAAAACCAGAGCAGUUACUUCCGGGUUUUCAGCGUUCGGGGGCCAAAACGUUUCAAAACGGAGGUGUUCGGGAACUGAGGUUGGACGGUACAUUCAAACCCCCACAGAUACAGGAGCCCAAGAAUUGGAAGGGGUUUGGGGCAUCAGUGCCCAUCUCUUUCGGGGGCUCAAUUAGUGCCAGCGCAUUCUGCCAAGAGCUUGGGUGUAACCUUUGACACCUCCCUUUCCAUGGAGGCGCAGGUUGCAGCCACAGCAAAGGUGGCAUUUUUCCAUCUCCGCGUAUUAAGCAGUUGGUCCCUUACCUUUCUUGCCCUGAUGUGGCCACAGUGAUCCACGCGACGGUCACCUCCAGGCUUGAUUACUGUAACUCGCUCUAUGCAGGGCUGCCCUUGAAGCUGACCCAGAAAUUCCAGCGGGUGCAGAAUGCUGCGGCAAGGCUCCUUACGGGGUCCUUGCCGCGGGAUCACAUUCAUCCAGUGCUUUACCAACUGCAGUGGCUCCCGGUGGAGUACAGGGUCAGGUUUAAGGUGCUGGUUUUGACCUUUAAAGCCCUAUGCGGCCUAGGACCCACAUACCUAUGGGACUGCCUCUCCUGGUAUGCCCCGCGGAGGAACUUAAGGUCCACAAAUGACAACACUUUGGAGGUCCCAGGUGGCAAGGUGGUUAGAUUGGUCUCAACUAGGGCCAGGGCCUUUUCAGCACUGGCCCCGACUUGGUGGAACGCUCUGUCACAAGAGACUAGGGCCCUGCGGGACUUGACAUCUUUCCGCAGGGCCUGCAAGACAGAGCUGUUCCGCCUGGCCUUUGGUUUGGACUCAGUCUGACCCUUAGGUUUCCUUCCCCUUAUGGUCUUGAUUUAUUGGCUACUUUUAAAAUGAGGCUGCAUUUUAAAUUGCAUUUUAACCUGUAUUUUAAAUUGGGGUUUUUCCCCCCAUAAUUUUUUUUUACUGUGAUUUUAUUGGUGUUAGCCGCCCUGAGCCCGGCUCUGGCCGGGGAGGGCGGGGUAUAAAUAAAAUUUAUUAUUACUAUUAUUAUUACUAUGAUUAUGAUGCAGACUGUUCCCUCCCCUCUGCCCCAUAAAUCACAACAUCAACAGCAUUCUCUGUAUAGGAAAACCUUUUAAUGUGUAAUGUUUUAUUAUGUUUUUAUAUAUAUUGGAAGCUGCCCAGAGUGGUUAGGGCAACCCAGUCAGAUGGGCAGGGUAUAUUAAUAAUAAUAAUAAUAAUAAAUUGCACUUGGAUUUUUCAGUGCAGGAAUAUGCACUUGUCCCAUAGGGGGACUGAACUUGCAACCUUGGCAUCAUCAGCACCAUGUUCUAACUAGCUGAGCUAAAGCCCUUACAAAAACUUCCCCCCUCUUUUCCCAACCUGUUAGAUGGGGAAAGGCUCCUUCAAGUACGCCUGGGUGCUGGACAAGCUGAAGGCUGAGCGUGAGCGAGGGAUCACCAUCGACAUCUCUCUCUGGAAGUUCGAGACCACCAAGUACUACAUCACCAUCAUUGACGCCCCCGGGCACCGGGAUUUCAUCAAGAACAUGAUCACGGGGACUUCGCAGGUGAGAAAGGGGAGGCUGUUCAUCGCAGGGCAGGGGGCAGGGGACACCUUUGGGUCGUUCCCUGAGCGCCAGCACAGCGCCAACAUCCUUUUUUCCUGGAUGGGUCCCUGACAGCAAAACUGUGUGACCUGGAUUUUUUUUUAAAUGGAAGUCCUAGGAACCUGGUCUAGCUUUGUACUCUGGCUGGCCAAAUGGCGAAGCUAGCAUGCUUUGUGCGUUGGAAAGGGGCCGUAGAAAUUCUUAAAAAUGCAUUUGGAGCGUGCUGUCUCCUCCCUGCUUUCCUGGGAAUAAAAAAAGAAAGAAAAAAGGACGAACUCCCUAAAGGAGCCAUCAACUAUUUAUAGGAGCAGAUGGCACUAUCAGUUUUCAGGUAUCAAGCCAACAGUUUGUAGAACUUGUUGAGAUACAAUAUUGGAAGGGAAGAUGGGAUAUUAGGAGCCCAAUACGUACCUGUUUUGUUUAGGAAAACUCAGGGGGUGCUGCUGUUUCCCAAAACACGUCGUUUGUUUAUUUACUUAUUGUGGUUAUAUUCUACCUUUUCCUGCAAGUGGCUCUCCCCUCCGCCAUCUGCUUUCUAAAACAGUACAUGAACUGAAACACAGUCAUCUUUUGAAACUCGCACCCCUCCAAAUUUGUAAUGCUGGUCCGCAAGCCAAACAAUGGGUGCUGAAAUUGGCUGUGCAUUCAGUAUAGUGGGCCUCGGCCUGUGGAACUCCCUCCCACCUGAGAUUAGGCAGACCCCCCUCCUUGUUGAACUUCCAGCAAAAGACAAAGACGUUCUUAUUCCAGCAGGCGCCUUAAGGCCUUUAGUUUGGUUUCAUGAUGGAUUUUUAUUGUUUUAUUUUCCCAUUUUCUAUGGAUUGUUUUUAUGUACAGGUGGCAACCCUUUUGCGCAAGGGUUCUGUUCCUGGCGCCCGUGUGUGUCGGCAGAGUGCAAAAAACCCACCUCAUUCUGGCCCAGCUCUGCUUUUUUCUAAAAGGGGCCUAAGCACCGGUUGUGCGUCAGUUGCACACAAAUCAGUGCAAAUCGGUCACUGCCUGUACAGUGCUUAGAAAUGGGAAAUGUACUUUAAAAUGCAACACAGUGGUUACCUCGGUUUUCAAAUGUAAUCUGUUCUGGAAGACCGUUCGAGUUCCAAAACGUUCGAAAACUCAGUAUGGAAGCCUCAAUAAAUACGGAAAACUCAAUAUGGAAGCUGCGUGGCCUUUUCGACUUCUGAGACGAGUUCGAAAACCAAAGCAUUUACUUCCGGGUUUAUGGCGUUCAGAAACCAAAAUGUUCGUCAACGGAGACGUUUGAAAACCGAGGUACCGCUGUAUAUUGCUUGGCAAAAAAUGUGCGUAUUGGGAGCCGUUUGCACUAAAAUGCUUGAUGUUGUUUUUUAAUUUUAUUUUACAAAACGGUGAUAAAAGUUUCACGAGGACUUCUUUAAAAGAUUGCGAGCCGAUGUGGAAAAGUGGAACUUAAGAUUGGGGGAAAGAAACGAGAAAUGGAGAGAGAAUGAAACGGGGAAAUCUUCCUGUGACGUUUUGCAAACCGUCAUGCGCAAACCGCCACACUCCUAAGUGUGUCUGUGCCUUGUUUCCCUACAGGCCGACUGCGCCGUCUUGAUUGUGGCUGCUGGGGUAGGCGAGUUCGAAGCCGGCAUCUCCAAAAAUGGCCAGACCCGUGAACACGCCCUCCUGGCGUACACCCUGGGCGUCAAGCAGCUCAUCGUGGGCAUUAACAAGAUGGACUCCACGGAGCCGCCAUACAGCGAGAAGCGCUACGAUGAGAUCGUCAAGGAGGUCAGCGCCUACAUCAAGAAGAUCGGCUACAACCCAGCGACCGUUCCCUUCGUGCCCAUCUCUGGCUGGCACGGCGAUAACAUGCUGGAGCCGUCUCCCAACGUAAGUCACUGGUGGGCGGUGCUAGGCUAUGUUCACAUGAGGUUUGCAGCUCCAGUUGGGUCCAAUCGAAGCUGGAGAAGCUCCUCCGUCGUCAUCUCCCAGGGACAGGGAAGUCGACUUGCGAAUACGAGAAAGGUUGGCUUGAAGAGGGAGUGUUAAGGCAGGCCAGGUGGAGCCUAGGCAGUGUUAGAAACUCGAAUAUAUAAGCUAGGUGCCGAAUGGCUCCUUAAACCACGGUUAGGGAUGCUUAGCUGCCAUUUUGGGAGCCAUUUUGGCUGCUUGAAAGUUGUAUUUUCAACACGACUUUCUGCUUCCUGAAAUUUGUUCUCCUUGGGCAGAUAAAAUAUUGUGGAUAGAAUUCUACAGGAUGGCUUGCUAGUAUAAUAAUAAUAAUGAUGAUGAUAAUAAUAAUAAUAAUAAUAAUAAUAAUAAUAAUAAUAAUAAUUUAUUUGUACCCCGCCCAUCUGGCUGGGUCUCCCCAGCCACUCUGGGCGGCUUCCAACAAAGAUUAAAAAUACAUUAAAAUGUCACACAUUAAAAACUUCAGGUGUCUUCUAAAUGUCAGGUAGUUUUUUAUCUCUUUGACAUCUGACGGGAGGGCGUUCCACAGGGCGGGCGCCACUACCGAGAAGGCCCUCUGCCUGGUUCCCUGUAGCUUUGCUUCUUGCAAUGAGGGAACUGCCAGAAGGCCCUUGGUUCUGGAUCUCAGUGUCCGGGCUGAACGAUGGGGGUGGAGACGCUCCUUCAGGUAUACUGGACCGAGGCCAUUUAGGGCUUUAAAGGUCAGCACCAACACUUUGCAUUGUGCUUGGAAACGUACUGGGAGCCAAUGGUUGACACUACCUGCUGACAUCGAAAGGGUUCUUUCUGAGGGUGGUAGCCAAUUAAGUUUCACUCAGAGUAAACCAGAGUAAACUAGGCGUUUCGUCUUGGUGACUGUAACCCUGGGUUAAGGAGCCAUUUGGCACCUACUGUAGCUUAUAUACAUCUCUGAGUUUCUGAUAUAUAUAAGCUACAGUAGGUGCCAAAUGGCUCCUUAAACCAGGGUUACAGUCACCAAAACGAAACUGCCUAGUUGCCAUUUUUGGGCCAGAUCUAAAGUCUUGUUUUUCAAUACAAGUUUUUGGUUCCUGAAAUUCAUUCUCCUUGGGCAGAUAAAACAUAACAGGUAGAAUUCUACAGGAUGUGUUUCUGGUGUGUGAAAAGAAUCAACAUCCAGGGACUCCCAGGCAUCCACCUCCAGAUGGUGGAGAUGUCAGAUGUCAUCCUGGCGCCUGGGCAUCUUCACUUGGUAGCAAGUGGCAGAAAGCCAGGUGCAAAAUGCGCCUGGUGAAUUUAAAACGCUGAGCCUAUGUGGAGAGGCUGUCCUGUCUGCGGGGCUGUGCCUUGCGAAAACCUGACAUUCCUGGCUGAAUCGGAUCUCAACAAUUGCCCGGAAAAGAUCCAAAGGCAGAUUUUGCAUAGCUGAGUUUCAAUCGAGUGGGUAAGAUCGGAUUUUUGCAAAGCAGAGCCACAGAACUCUUGGGCUCGUGGGAAUUAAUUUGUCCACAAUACAAUCAAAAUAUGGGCCCAGCGAAAGUGGAUGAGCCCUCCGUUUAUGCAGGGUGACAGAAAACCUAGUCGUUACUCAAUAUGAGCAUGAAUCAAGGACGCCCUGUAAUCCUUGAGAAUCUGCCGCCAUCUUUCAAUUGUUCUUUAUUGGACCAAUCAAUGCACAUAGGGUUCCCUGAGGCUAAGAAGUUUGGAAUACAUUACUUUGGGGCACCACUUGCCGUCAGUGCUGGAGUUGUGAGCUGUAUAAUUUCUUUUUGGGAUGACUUAAGGACGCGGGGGGCGCUGUGGGUUAAACCACAGAGCCUAGGACUUGUCGAUCAGAAGGUCGGCGGUUCGAAUCCCUGCGACGGGGUGAGCUCCCGUUGCUCGGUCUUUGCUCCUGCCAACCUAACAGUUCGAAAGCACGUCAAAGUGCAAGUAGAUAAAUAGGUACCGCUCCGGCGGGAAGGUAAACGGCGUUUCCGUGUGCUGCUCUGGUUCGCCAGAAGCGGCUUAGUCAUGCUGGCCACAUGACUUGGAAGCUGUAUGCCGGCUCCCUCGGCCAAUAAAGCGAGAUGAGCACCGCAACCCCAGAGUCGGCCACGACUGGACCUAAUGGUCAGGGGUCCCUUUACCUUUACCUAAGGCCUAGUUCUUAACAAGAUAAAGGGUUUCUGGCCUGGUCUGUACUACUACUUAAGUUUUUUGUUUAUUGAUUCAAAGCGUUGAAAAUAAAUAAAUAAAUAAAUUUUUAUUUAUAUCCCGCCCUCUCCAUCCGAAGCCGGGCUCAGAGCGGUUAAUAACAGUAAAAUGAUACAACAUUCUAAAAUCAUUUCAUUCUAAAAUCAGUUCAAAUCAGAUUAAGGGCAACCAUUGGGCUCUGUGAAGAUUGCCAAAGGAGUGGGUCAGGUUGUGCCCUGGCCAAAGGCCUGGUGGAACAGCUCUGUCUUGCAGGCCUGUGGAAUGAUGUCAAGUCCCGCAGGGCCCUAGUCUCUUGUGACAGAGCGUUCCACCAGAUCGGGGCCACAGCCAAAGAAACCUGCUAUUCAGCUGGAAAAGGUUCCCAGAGCAGUUUGCAUACCAGUAAAACUAGUGCAUUAAUCCGAGCAUCAGAGAGAGCCCCUUUCUCCACUAAAGGAGGUUUAAAUAGCUACUUAAAUACUAUGAUGUGAAAGAUGAUUAUUGUGAUGACCACACAGCCUUUAUUCCGGGUUGUAUCUGGGAGCGGAAGAAGCUGCUGUCCGGCUGCUCCCCUCGGCCUCAGUUGCAAUGUCUGUAAAAUGGGAAUAAUGGUGGCUGAGUUCAGAGUUAUUGUGAGGGCAGGCCCAGCACCGGUCGUGUAGCACUCUGCAAACCAAACAAGUAAUCGUUUGCCACUGCCUGUUAAAAGCUUUUUUAGCCAAUUAUUUUAAUCAGCGUACCCAAAGCCCAGACAGCUGAAUGUCGGCAGCUGCCAGUGCUGGAGAGAUGACACUGAACAAUCUAAUUGAAAAUAGGUUUGGGGAAAACAGGGUGAUGUCAUUUUGGAAUUUAUACUUCCUAAAUAUGGAGGUCAAGCGAGACAGGGCAGCAGUACGUCGUUGCAAAUCUGUGUCUAGUGGGGCGUUGCUGGGCUUGUGAUUGAAAGCUGAGCACCCUCUACAAUCUGGUUCCCAGAACUUUUAGAUGCAGCAGAACCACCUAUGUUAGGAGGAGGAAUGCUCACAAAAACCUGACAGAUAUUUUGCGAGGAUGCAGAAAUGCAUAGCUGUCAACUUUUCCCAUUUCUUGCGAGGAAUCCUAUUCUGAAUAAGGGAAUUUCCCUUAAAAAAAAAGGGAAACGUUGACAGCUAUGCAGAAAUGUGGGGAGCUCAAAUUCAGAGUGGGAAAUUGAGGGAAACUGAAAUGGAUAGAUAGAUAAUGUCCGCCUCUACAGUUGACCCAUCACUGCAGUUGUAUGGGGUACCUCAGUUGUCGAACGCAAUCCGUUCUGGAAGACCGUUCGACUUCCGAAACGUUUGACAACUGAGGUGUAAAAAGCUGUUCAACUUCUGAGGUGUGUUCAAAAACAGAAACAUUUACUUCCGGGUUUUUGGCGUUCGAAAACCAAAAUGCUCUGCUUCCGAGACGCUCGAAAACCGAGGUACCACUGUAUUGUGCUGAGGCAUCCACAUCGAUGUCCAAUUCCUGGGAAGGAAUUUCUUUCCUCCCUUUUGAGGGAAAGAACGGGCAUGUGAGGGCCUUCUGGAGGACUGGGGCAUCAUGUGGAUAUAGCCAUGAGAUGCUCCACUUUUUUGGGGGGGGGGUAUUUUGAAAAGUAUGAACUGGGGCUUUGCCUGGCCAACAGAGUGGUCACUCUGUCUUGCUCUUGUUCCUGCAUCAGUUUGCUAGAUGCUAGAUCAUUUAUUAUGGUCAAAGACCAGCUCAAAUAACAUAACACAAUAAAAACAGCGUUCAUAAAGAUAAAAUACAGUGGUACCUUGGGUUAAGUACUUAAUUCGUUCCGGAGGUCUGUUCUUAACCUGAAACUGUUGUUAACCUGAAGCACCACUUUAGCUAAUGGGGCCUCCUGCUGCCGCCGCGCUGCCACAGCACGAUUUCUGUUCUUAUCCUGAAGCAAAGUUCUUAACCUGAAGCACUAUUUCUGGAUUAGCAGAAUCUGUAACCUGAAGCGUAUGUAACCCAAGGUACCACUGUAUACAAUUGGAGCAGAUUGCAGCAAUAGCUCGUGAGCUAAAAUUGAGAUAUAUACAUACACCCGUACAACUGAGAUUUGGGCUACCGUAAAAAAUUGAACCUGAGGUGCCCUAAAGGGCGACUUCAGCAUUUCCCUAGUAAGGUAUCCUCUGCAUCAGUUUGUAACUCCACAGCUUCUCACCGUUUUCAGUUCCUCCAAUGUUUGUGAGUCUCUGGGCUUGCCAAAAUUUAAUAAUUACAUUUUUUUACUUGCCCUUUUCCGUGAGGGUCCCAGCAACUUAAAAAUACGUCGAAUCAAAACAGAUCACAUUCAGGAGAAUAGGGUGGUUCCUAAAGUGCAUAACCAAACAGACACCCUCCCCCCAAAAUAGUUACAUGAAACCGAGAGGAAAAACGAAUACAUUGAAAGCAUCCUGCCUAUUUCUAAAAGGCUACACAGAUAGUUAAAGGCCUAAGGCCUAAAGAGGGAAGUUUUCACCUGGUGCCAAAAGAUAUGUAUUGAAGGUGCCAGGCGAGCCUCCUUGGGGAGAGCAUUCCAGAAACGGAGCCACCACAGAUGAGGCCCUGUUCUUGUGUUGCCACCCUUCGGACCUCUUGUGGAGGGGGCACAUGAAGAAGGGCCUCAGAUGAUAAUAUCGGGGUCUGGGUUGGUUCAUAUGGGGAGAGGUGGUCCUUGGGGGAUUGCGGUCCUGAGAGUGUGACCUCUGCUGGACCGUCACCUCCCCAAAAACAUCAGAAGGCAGUGGCAGUACCAAGAGUGUCCCCUUCACUGAUUUUCACACGCGUUGUUAUGUACUGAGUUGAAUAGGAUCCAAAAUGCAGCAGUCUGAUUGGUCCUAGAACAGUAGGAUUCAGAAUGCAUCAGUCUGAUUGGUCCACAGGAGCCACCCAAUCCAGCUCCAGGUGGAAGUGAAUCCGCAACCUGAUUGGCCUACAGGAGAAUUCCGGAAUUAGCCAAUCACAUGGGGCCCAUUGUGUAAAUAAUGUAUAUAAAGCAGACAUUAUGGGAGAACUUCCAUUCCUCCUCACCACUAUGAGCUGAAUAAAGAGCAUGAAAUCCACUCUCGACUCCGAGUAUAUUUCACGCGUCUUUAAAAGGAAGGAGGAUGUCUUUCAGAUAAUGGCGCUAACUAGCUAGAGAGCCUUUGUGGGAAAAGGGCAAUAGGUGUCUCCGUACAACACUCAGCACCCUGGAGAAACUACAUUCCCCAUAAUUCUUUGGGGAGCAAGCCAGGAAUUUAGAGUAGAAUGACGCUGCUGUAAAUGUUUGGUGCUAGGGUAUUGUUUAGGGAUUUUUGUUGAUGGGGUUGUUGCUGUUAUCGAUGCUAACUCUUUGUAUCUUUUGUUUUAGAUCUUACGAUUUACGUGGAAAUUGUUCAGUUCCUUUGUGCAUUUUUUUGAUGUUAUAUUUAUUGCCUAUGGCUGCUUUCGUUACGUUGUGUUUAUGUGUCUUUUUUGUGUUGUAAGCUGCCUUGAGCGUGGUUUGAACUUUGGAAAGGCGGCAUACAAACAAAAUUAUGUAUGUAUGGUGUGACUGUGGCCUAGGACUGGGCAGAUCUGGGUUCAAAUCCUUAGCCAGCCAUGAAGUUUACUGGCUGACGUUGGGCCACCCUCGGUAUCUCAGCCUAACUAAACUUCCAGGGGUGUUGAGGGUAAAAAUUGGGGGCGGCAGCGGCGCAUGUCGUCUAUGUUCAACUCUUUUGAGGAAAGGUAGGUUGUAAGAGCAAAUAGAGAAUUGCUUGGUUAAAUUUCUGUAAGAGAUUAUUAUGCUUAGUGCUCUAUAGAUCUUUUCCUGUGUGCUCAAAGCAGUUCACAUACAUCAUCUUAGCCGCUUUCAACAACAACCUUGUAAGGCAGACCACUGUAACAGGUGCAUUAAUACAGACUAGAGGCAGGGCUGAGAUUAAAGAAGUUAGUGUCUUGCUGCUUAAUGAGUUCAAAAGAGAUUUGAACCAGGGCCUUGCCAGCUCGCAGCGGUCAUUAGGCUUAGUCCUCAGAAGCAAAUAAGGACGAUUCCUUGCAUCGCCAAUGAAAAUCUGUUCCUCGGGGUGUUUUGUGUUGCAUCUGAGAGCGUUCCCCUCACUUCAAACGCAGGCUGUAGAAUUGGUCUAAGAGCAGUGAUGGCCAAACUUGGCCCUCCAGCUGUUUUUGGACUACAACUCCCAUCAUCCCUAGCUAACAGGACCAGUGGUCAGGCCUGAUGGGAAUUGUAGUCCCAAAAAACAGCUGGAGGGCCAUCACUGGUCGAAGAGGGUAUGUUUCCUGCGAUUCCGCAGUCCCAUGAACAAAUGGAGAAUUUGGCGUUAGAUGUAAAUUCCAGUGGCUUGAGUACGUCUCCUUUCGGAAAUGCAACCUCUUAGCCCUUAGGACCGCAGGGAUAAGCUUGAAUUUUCCAUGCAGAUUGCCUCAGAAGCUGGUGGGAAAGUGAGAGUGAAGGAAACGGGGUGCAGAAUAAAUUAUACAUAAUAAGGUGACACGUGCAAAUUGGCUUUGUGUGCAUAACCUACGCAGGUCAAAGCGUUCAGGUUUUGUGAUGCGUAACUUGCAAAAGUGAUUUUGGUACUGAAUUUUGCCUGUAUGGUGUUGUCUUUCGCUGCUCAGACAGAGACGCUCUGUUUUCCUGAAUAGCAUUUCUUUUCAGAAACGUGGAGGUCCUGUUCUUUCCUCUUCCCUUUCUACCCUCCAGAUCUCUUUAUAUUCCCUUCCUUUCUCCUGGCUGGGCUGGGGCUUCUUCCUUAAUGCGGAAGCUAGUCAGGUGACCCUCUGAGCCUCUCAUGUGACCACCUUGAAAUUCAGCAAGUCAGCGUUGGUGUGUUGGCGGAGAUUAGUUUCUGUGAAUCCUCUUGACGGUUCUGCACAGCUGGGCUAAUGCUUUGUGACCUCCUUCAGGGAAUACAGGACAUGGCUUGGAUGCAAGACAGAUAGUCUUGGUGGCUAGGAAAAUGUGGGAGGGGAUGUCCACAGAAGUUUCAAAAUGAAGUCACCUUUAAAGAUGUAGAAAAUCAGUGAGUGGGUGGCUGCUAACUACUCUCUCUCUCACACACUUGCAAUUGCUAAAUUGGUUAGGGGAUUUGAUAAAACGAUGUACAUUUAAAUUUCAGGGCAGGUAAACGGAACAUCCAGGGAUGCGGGUGGCGCUGUGGGUUAAACCACUGAGCCUAGGGCUUGCCGAUCAGAAGUUCGGCGGUUCGAAUCCCCGUGACGGGGUGAGCUCUCGUUGCUCGGUCCCUGCUCCUGCCAACCUAGCAGUUCAAAAGCACGUCAAAGUGCAAGUAGAUAAAUAGAUACCGCUCCAGCGGGAAGGUAAACGGCAUUUCCGUGCGCUGCUCUGGUUCGCCAGAAGCGGUUUAGUCAUGAUCCACAUGAACUGGAAGCUGUACGCCAGCUCCCUCGGCCAAUAAAGCGAGAUGAGCGCCGCGACCCCAGAGUCGUUUGCCACUGGACGUAACUGUCAGGGUUCUUUUACCUUUACCUUUCUUGAAGACUGGUCUGUCCAUAACAGCUGCAUUCAGCAGAAAAUAAUAUUCAGAGUCCACUGGACUCCAGCAAAACUUUACGAGAGGAAAAUAACAAAUGCAGACAACUGCUGGAGAUGUGGAAGUAAAAAUGCGAACUUAGUACAUAUGAUUAACUGCCGGAUGAUAAUAUCAUUUUGGUGCGAGAUGAAGAUAUAUAUAGCAAGAGUAAAAAAAAAAGAAAUUGCUAUUUAGGGGAAUUGAAUUUAAUUCUAAAUUAUAUACCAGAAACGUGGGAGAUUACAAGGGGUCAAAACAAAAUAUGGAUGUAUCGUGCCAUAUUAGAAGCAAAAAAACUUGUUCUGAUGAAUUGGAAGAGCCGCAAAAAGAUUCCAUUGAGCACAUGGAUUGACAAUAUGGACAGACUAGCCACAUACGAACGAAUUGCAUGUCGAUGCAAAUUAAGAAUGGAUAAAUAUGAAGAAAUCUGGAAGGGAUAUUUAAGCGAUUAGGCGGACGGUGGUGGAAAGUAGGGGGAUGAGAGGUGGGGAAAUAUUGUUAAAAAGGUGUAGUCAUAGGUAUAUCAGUACUCAAAUCUGAAAUGUUAAAUUGUGUUAUUAAUGUUAUUGCGGUUUUUGUUGUAUGUGUUUUUUGUGGUUGUUGUUUGUAUUGAAAAAACGACUAAAAUUUUUUUUUUAAAAAAGAUGAGCGCCGCAACCCCAGAGUUGGUCACGACUGGACCUAAUGGCCAGGGGUCCCUUUACCUUUUUAAAAAUGGAACCUCCAGGGGGAGGUGCAGUGUUGCUGGAGGCAGACGAUGGAAGGCAGGCUGUUGCUAUCCUGCCCUGCCCUACUUUUGGGUUUUGUAGACACAUCUGGAAGGUUGCUAUGGAAAGCUGGAUUGCCGACGAGAUGGAGCUUUCUUCUGAUCCGGCAGGCCUCUUCUUUCCGUUGCUACGCAAACGUUGCAUUGGCUUCUAAUUUUUUUAGCUUGUUAACAUACAAGUGGAACGUAGCAGCGGGUGCUUUCUCAACCGAAAAGGCCCAAAGGUCUCGAUAACCAGGAGCUCUGUGCCCAAACUUGUGAAGCUAAAGUAUAAAAUAUAAAAGGCGCGUUAAAAUUGCUGCUGAAAUCGGGUGUUGAAAGGAAGGCUAGCCUAAAGGGUUUUCGAAACAAAAGCAGCAGUUAGAAAAAAUAAAAUUAUGUGUUAUGAAACACAUAUUUAAAAACAUGUCAGACUUAUAUGUCUGGGGUGGCUGGCUUAAACGAAAAUGUUUUCAGCAGGAUAUUUAAAGUGUUGUGGAGCUCUAGUUCCCAUUAGCCCCAGCCAGCAUGAUCAAGGGUCAGGGAAUGAAUGAAGGAAUUUAUUACUGUAUUUUUCUGUGUAUAAGACACCCCCAUAUAUAAGACUCCAAAUUGGGGACUCCAAAUUAAGAGAACAGCCCUCAGCACUACCCGUGUAUAAGAUGAGCCCCAAUUUUAAACCUAAAAAAACCCCCAAAAAACGUAGUCUUAUACACGGAAAAAUAUGGUAAUUUCGGUCACAGACCAGUUCCAGCUCACAUACAAUAUCAGGGAAAUCACAAAACACGAUAGGGAUACAUUUGAAUUUGCAAUUGGGUAUAACAGGGACAGUACAGAUAUUGCAGCAGUUAAAAAUAUGUAAGUUAAAUCUUAAUCACUAAAAUAUAACCUAAAAUUGUCAUUUAAGGCCUUGGUCAUUAAGGUAGCACAGCUUGUUCCCUAAGUUUUAUGGCAGGUGCACAGAAUUUGGCCACACUUAGUGUGAUCUCUAGAUCCUUGUUCUCUACCAGGGAUUUUAGACAUAGGGUCAGGGAUAAUGGCAGAAGUGGUUGAUCAACAUCUGGCAUUGGAGAGAGGACAGCUUCUCCAUCCCUUCCUUAAACUGGGUUCAAAUCACCAUUUGGCCACAGGGUAAGAAUUGAUGACUGGUGCAGCCUACCUUUACGGGGUUAUUGUGUAUGGAUGCUGCCUUGAGUUAUUUGGGGGGUAAGGGCCGUAAAUAAGGAAGCUACGCAGUGGCAGUUCCAAUGGUUGUUCAUGCUUUCUUUAUUUAGAAGAUGUCUUAAAUCUCACUGCAUUCAAAGGACCUCAAAGCAAUGGACGAAAAAAAAAAAUCAAAUGCGGUAGAUAAGAGUUUCUAAACUGUGUGCAAAGCUGAGAUCCAGUACCAUAGAAAAGAACAUCAAAGCUAUGUACAAAAUAAAAAUUUGACUACCAUACGAAAAUAAAACUGGGAAGAAGGGGAAAAAAACCCACCUCAAUUUAUGGUGCAAAAAUCCAGGAGAGGGAUCUCAAAGUGGAAGUUCAGAUGUAUUGCAAAAGAAAUCAGAACUAUAUAUCAAACACAUCUCAAAGUCAGGACAAAAAAAUAAAUAUCUCAGUAACAGUAUGAGAAAUAAAAAUCAAGUGCAGGACAAUAUAAUCAUAUAAAAACCUUUUAAAAUUAUGUUGUGUUAAAUCAGUGACAGUUGCAGAAUCCUAACCAAUCAAUCUGUGGAACAAAGACAGCUUUCUUUUUUCUUUCUUUUUUAAAUAGUAUUUAUUAAAUUUUCCAUUUUAACAAUCCAAUAAAAAUCACAACGAAACAUUCCAAAUGAUUAUUUAAUCACAAAAAGUCAAAGAUUCGAUGCCAAAUUAUAGAUCUUAGAAAGACCGCUAACCCUGUGGCUGUAUUCUAGGGAAGCUUGCUCGCUCGGGACAAAACCUUCCCUUCCAAUAAUUCAUCUUAGACUUGUAGAAUUGGCAGGGACCACAGGGGUCAUCUAGUCCAACCCCCUGCAAUGCAGGAAUCUUUUGCCCAAGGUGGGGCUCAAACCCCUGACUUUGAGAUUAAUAAAGAGUCUCGUGCUCUACCAACUGAGCCAACCGAGUUUGACUGGGCAUUUGUGGCCUGAGUCUGGGGAAUGGGUGACUUGCCUUUGGGAAACUGACCUUAGCAAGUUUUGCACAAUUGUCCUGAGAUUAUGGGAGAAGCUGAUCUUGGAGUGAGCUGCUAGGGUUAACACUGGCCUGGUGUUGUGGGAGAUACACCCCCCCCCUUGGAAACCACCCCCCCAAACUUAUCUACAGAUGGAGGCAGACUGCUAAUCUCUGAUAAUACCUGAAGGAGUGUCUCCACCCCCAUUGUCCAGCCCGGACACUGAGGUCCAGCUCCGAGGGCCUUCUGGUGGUUCCCUCCCUGUGAGAAGUGAGGUUACAGGGAACCAGGCAGAGGGCCUUCUCGGUGGUGGCGCCCGCCCUAUGGAACACCCUCCCAUCAGAUGUCAAGGAAAUAUACAACUACCUGACUUUUAGAAGACAUCUGAAGACAGUCCUGUUUUGGGAAGUUUUUAUUUUUUUAUUUUUUACCAACAACCAAAACAACAGUGAAACCCCCCAGGCGGCUGAUACAUUGGGUAUACAUAAUCAAGAAUAACAUAUUCAAAUCAACCAUAUGUACAAUUUUAUAUAUGUUAACACUCCUCCAUCCACAAGGUUUAUUUAAGUGUUUUGGGAAGUUUUUAAUGUUUGAUGUUUUAUCGCUUUUUUAAUUAAUAUUUAUUCAUAUUCUGUUGGGAGCCACCCAGAGUGGCUGGGAAAUGUGUGUGUGUGUGUCUAAAUAAAUAAAAAUAAAAUAAAAUAAUCUCAAAUUGCUCUGGGAAGCAAAGGAAGGAUUGUAUCCUUCAGUUCCUGCCCUUGUGAUGAGGGAGUGAUUCAUACGGCUGGGCGAAGGUGUUCUCAUGUGCCAACAGUUCCUUCCUCACAGCCCACUGGAUCCACACUCCCGCCAUUUUGUUUUGCAGAUGCCUUGGUUCAAAGGCUGGAAAGUGGAGCGCAAGGAAGGGAACGCCAGCGGAGUGUCGCUGCUGGAAGCUCUGGAUACCAUCCUGCCCCCCACCCGCCCCACAGAUAAGCCUCUGCGCCUGCCCCUUCAAGAUGUCUACAAGAUCGGAGGUGAGUCCAGCGCUUUCCUGGCAGGUAGACAGGUGCCCUCGCUGGGCUAGGCGGAUUUCCAGGCAGUAAUCCGCUUUUGUAGUCUAAGCGACAGGAAGAGAAGAGGAUUUGAGUGCUGACACCGGCAUUUACCUGUGUGCAUUAUAGAUGGCAAGGUACGUAGCAAUUGUGCCUGUCGCCUGAAGGUGCCCUGACCGUUCGGUUUUGGCAAGAAGUCAGUUUCUCAUCCUCAUAAUUGCGGAAGCAGGUUUGAAAUGGCAGCGAUGAACAUGCUAAAAGAGGGGAAACGAGAGACAUGAAAAAGACACUUCUCUAUUCUACUGUCCAACACUUCGCCUUUCUUUUUUUAUAUAUAUAUUUUAUUAAGUUUUACAAUUUUAUAUUCAACACAGUCACCAUUAUCACAAAAAAAAUAUAAAUCCCAAUCUCUCUCCCCCCCCCAAACUUCCCUCAGCCUCCUCUUCUGGUUCUUUAAAUAUUUGCUUUUCCUGCUUUUUUAUUAUUAUUCUACCUUAAUUUUGUAAUCUUUAACUUAAAUCUUCCUAUCUUUUUAUAUCAUAUUUUUUUCCAAUUACAUCUUGCACUUUGUUAUUUUCCAGUUAUUACAUCUUAAUAUUGGUUUCUUAAUUGUGUUUACUCAAACCCUGCUAGUGAGUCCACUUCUUUACAAUAUUUCUGUAGAUACAUCGUAAAUGGUUCCCAGUCUUUUUUAAAGUCUCUAUUGUCCUUGUCUCAACACUUCGCAUUUCUAAGUUCAUUUGCCGAAGGUCACUCACAAGCUCUUUCAGAAUAUUUCACACUUGAAGAUACAUUUCACAAAUAAUAAUAAUGCAGCCUCUUUGAAAAACCUGUCGCUUGCAAAACCUCCUAGCAUUGGUAGAGUUGCUGCGAUGUUCCAUUCCUUCAAAUUUAUUUAAGACAUUUAUGUGCCGCUUAAUUAUUUUUAGGGUGCAGAGUACACCCAUUUUACUGCUGGAGUGCAUUGAUCGGUUGGUUGUAGCCCACCUUAGGAAGGUAUACUGUAUAUUCUCUCCCCUUCCCCAAAGUGUCUUAUAACAUAAACUACAACGUAAAAAAAGACAUAAUUUAAAAACAGCCAUUCAGAAAGCAGUUAGCAGCAUUAAACGGCGGCAGCAGGUGGAACGGUUCUUUAACAACCAUGAAAUCCCCAAAAUGCAGACCAGAAUAUAAAGCAUCUCUAGGCUUUCCAUGAAAGGGGCUGCAGAGUCGUGUGCUGUCAGUUAUACGCAGCUUAAAUUAACAGAAUUGCCGUUGGGCCUGCAGUUUCCUAUGUUUUCCCAAAAGUUGUGUUUUUAAGUUGUCCAAUGUUAUAUCCAGUGCUAAACUCUUGCAGUUCCUCUUCAGUCAUGUCCACACCAUUCAUUUAAACUGCUGUGAUAACACUUUCAACAGCCACAACUUUCCCCAAAGGAUUCUGGGAACUGUAGUAUGUUGAGGAUGUUGACAGUUGUUAGGAGACACCCUGCUCCCCUUUCAGAACUACAGUUUUCAGAGCACCCUGGGAACUGUAGCUUUGUGAGGGCACCGGGGGUUUCCUGACAACUCUCGGCACCCGUAACAAACAACAGCUCCCAUAAUCCCUUGGGGGGGAAGCCAUAGCAAUGUGAAGUGGCGUCAUAGUUAUCUCCUGCUUGGACUACUGCCAUGCGCUCUCCGUGGGGCUCCCUUUGAAGGUGACCCGGAAACUACAACUAAUCCAGCAUGCGGCAGCUAGACUGGUGACUGGGAGCGGCCGCUGAGACCACAUAACACCAGUCUUGAAAGACCUACACUGGCUCCCAGUACGUUUCUGAGCACAAUUCAAAGUGUUGGUGCUGACCUUUAAAGCCCUAAACGGCCUCGGUCCAGUAUACCUGAAGGAGCGUCUCCACCCCCAUCAUUCUACCCGGACACUGAGGUCCAGCUCUGAGGGCCUUCUGGCGGUUCCCUCGCUGUGAGAAGCCAAGUUACAGGGAACCAGGCAGAGGGCCUUCUCGGUGGUGGCGCCCUCCCUGUGGAACGCCCUCCCACCAGAUGUCAAAGAGAACACAACUACCAGACUUUCAGAAGACAUCUGAAGGCAGCCCCGUUUAAGGAAGUUUUAAUGUUUGAUGUAUUACAGUAUUUUAAUGUUUUUUUGGAAGCCGCCCAAGAGUGGCUGGGGAAGCCCAGCCAGAUGGGCGGGGUAUAAAUAAUUUAUUAUUAUUAUUAUUAUUAUUAUUAUUAUUAUUAUUUAUUAUUAUUAUUAUAGCUUUUAUAUGAAUUCUCCCUGGCUUAACCUGAAGUAGCCAGGCAGAGGGCCUUCUCGGUUGUGGCACCCGCCCUGUGGAACUCCCUCCCACCAGAUGACAAAGAGAAAAACAACUACCAGACUUUUAGAAGACAUCUGAAGGCAGCCCUGUUUAGGGAAGCUUUUAAUGUUUAAUAGGUUAUUGUAUUUUAGUGUUCUGUUGGAAGCCACCCGGAGUGUCUGGGGAAGCCCAGCCAGAUGGGCGGGGUAUAAAUAAUAAAUUAUUAUUAUAUUAUUAUUAUUAUUAUUAAAUGCAUGGCUGCCGAGAGUCUCGAGGAUUGCGUUUCAUUGCAUGUUCCCCACUGCCCUCUUUUCCCCUCCGCAGGAAUCGGGACCGUCCCCGUGGGCCGCGUGGAGACGGGGAUCCUGAGACCCGGCAUGGUGGUCACCUUCGCUCCCGUCAACAUCACCACAGAGGUGAAGUCCGUUGAGAUGCACCACGAGGCCCUGAGCGAGGCGCUGCCGGGGGACAACGUUGGCUUCAACGUCAAGAACGUGUCCGUCAAGGACAUCCGCCGCGGCAACGUCUGCGGCGACAGCAAAUCCGACCCGCCUCAGGAGGCGGCCCAGUUCACUUCUCAGGUCAGCAGAAAGUGAGGCGGCAGCCAUUUUGAAAGCCUUUGCCGUCGUAUCGCAGCUUCUGCGGCCGUUUGCGUGAUGCAGACCUCUGUCCUGCCGGUGAUGCUUGAGGAAGACGGAGCAUUAACCAAGAGCCCUGAGAUUUUACUCUGCAGAAGUCGCGUUGCGGGACGCCAGCCUUUAAUAGUUUGCUUGGUGCGGUUGAAUCGCUUAAGGCGCGAUCCUGCACCCACUUAGCUGGGCUAGGAGUGAAGCCCAGUGAAAGCCUAAGAUGUACAGUCAUACUUCAUGUUAAGUCCGCUUCAUGUUACGUUCUUUCAGGUUACGUCCCGCGGCGACCUGGAAGUACCGGAAAGGGUUACUUCUGGGUUUCACCUCAUGCGCAGAAGCGCAAAAUGACGCCAUGCGCAGAAGUGACGAAUCGCAACCCGCAUGUGCGCAGACACGCCGCUGCGGGUUGUGCUCUUUUCAUGUUGCGAACGGGCCUCAGGAACUGAUCCCAUUCGCAACCAGAGGUACCACUGUAGUUGUUUAGCUCCGGGGCUAGGUUUUAAUUUGUCUCCUGAUUAGUCUGUAGGACUGACGACAAAUCAGUCGUCUCGCAUUCAGAGACUUUUGACGGAAGGGUCACGGAGCACCCUUGUUAAAGGCCAGUUUUCCUCCUUACAAAGAAUGCCAGGCUGUUGCUCAUUAAAUUUACAGUGGUGCCCCGCUAGACGAAUGCCUCGCAAGACGGAAAACCCGCUAGACGAAAGGGUUUUCCGUUUUGGAGAUGCUUCGCAAAACAAAUUUCCUAUGUGCUUGCUUCGCAAGACGAAAAUGUCUUGCGAGUUCCUGCGGGUUUUUUCCCCUUCCCCCCCCUUUUUCCCAAGCCGCUAAACCGCUUAUCAGCUGAUGGCUAAGCCGCUUAACAGCUGAUCGCUAAGCCGCUUAUCAGCUGAUCGUUAAGCCGCUUAUCAGCUGAUCUUUAAGCCGCUUAACAGCUGAUCGCUAAGCCGCUUACCAGCUGAUCCGCUAAGCCCGCUAAGCCGCUAAUACUGUAGCGCUAAUCCGCUAAACUGCUAAUGGGAUUGCUUCGCAAGACGAAAAAACCCGCAAGACGAAGAGACUCGCGGAACGGAUUCUUUUCGUCUUGCGAGGCACCACUGUAUAACCUAUCCCACGGAAAAGUAAAUUCUCCCUUCAGUAUGCCCCUUCGUGGAAUGUUUUGCAAGGCACGUAGCUAUUUAGAUUUAUUUGGCUUAGCCAUUUUAAUCCCUUGAAAGCCAGAUUCAGACUAAAAGGAAAGUGAUAAUGCAAAGGUAAAACCCUCCAAGUGGAGAGGAGGGCCAGUGCUCUCCUGCUGUUGUGGACUGCAUGUUCCAUUAGCCUUAGCCAGCAUGCCCAGUGCUCAAGAAUGAUGGGAGUUGUACUUCAGCAACUUUUGGAAAUCACCAUGCUGAUUACUCCUGCCCUAGUUUCUUGUAUUGGCCAAACCGGAGAGUAUUUCAGGGUAUUUUUAUGUUUUCCAGUUGUUUGUUCAAGUGCAUCUCCCUGUCACUUUCCUAACAGCAAGAAGUUCAUUUCUCUUUUAGGGUGGAUUUUCCCCAGUAGGGUGACAGAGCGAUGUCAUCUGCUUUAAUCGUGCGAAAGUAUGGCUUCUCCCAUCCACACUUUUGUUCAUCUUGUGAUUUCAAGUCACAGGUUCAAGGGUUUUUUUUUGACCCACCGCUUUUGUCCAGAAAAGCUGCUGUUUGUUGAUGAACUGGAACAAACAGCAACUGGGUUUUUUGCAGAUUGGCAUUUGUUCCGAUUCAGAAGUAAACUGCUGGUUUUCCCGGGGGGGGGGGGGCCCUCUCAGAAAUCAUGGGAUAAACAGGAAUAUGGAUGCACCUUUAGUUUCCGAAAGUGCACUUGAAUCCCUCCUGCAAACUACCGCCAGUCUGCAGGAGCCCAUUUUCCAGAAUGCAGUAGCUAGAAGCGGCUGCCUUUUCAGCAGCCUUCCACAAGGGAGCAGCGUUGCCCAGCUAGGAAAGCCAGAAAGUUGCCGUGGUCAUCCCAUGCCCUUCCCGAAUUUGUUCCGGCCUGAGUCCUUCUCUCGUUCUGUUGCACGGCUUAGGUGAUCAUCUUGAACCACCCCGGCCAGAUCAGCGCUGGAUAUUCCCCCGUCAUUGACUGCCACACUGCCCACAUCGCUUGCAAAUUCGCCGAGCUGAAGGAGAAGAUUGACCGGCGUUCCGGCAAGAAGCUGGAGGACAACCCGAAAUCCUUGAAAUCGGGGGACGCCGCGAUUGUGGAGAUGAUCCCGGGGAAGCCCAUGUGUGUGGAGAGCUUCUCCCAGUACCCACCCCUGGGUGAGAACCUCAUCUUUCCCCCAGAUGCCUACCAAGUUGGGUGACGGGGGGCUAUUUCAAGCUAAACGGCUAGAUGCCCAGAAACUCUGAUGUAAGAUAGACCUAGGAGCGGGAGGGAACCUUCUAUGGCCCAUAUCUUAAUUGCCCUACCUCUAGUGGGGCAGAUUUGACGGCUGAAUGGCUCGCCCACCUGCCAAUCACCUAAUGGCACUGUGACGUUGCGCAAUGCUGCGCUUUGAAGUCCCGAUUAUUGGGGCUUCAAAGCGCAGCAUUGGGCUGUUCGAAAGUCCUUUGGAAGCGUAUCCAUGCUGCCCUUUUAAUUUCUGAAGGUGGGAGGCUUUAAAGAGCAGCGUAGGGCAGUUUGGGAAAGGGGUUCCCCUUCCUUAUUCGCAGCAAGUUCUUUUUUUAAAAAAAGAAAACUUGGAAUUCUCCAAUGGCUACCACAGACACCUUUUGAGCCGAAUUGACUCACCCACUCCAUUGAAGAAGGCAUAUAGUUUAGCCAGGCUGUUAGACCUAAAGAGGGAGCUGUGCUUUCUGCUCUCUGCUUAUGUGUUCUGCCACUUGCAUUCUCUCUGUAUUAGAGCUACGAUGGAUGGAUGGAUGCUUACUUAGCUGCCACUUUUCCACAAUGAGCUGUCCCCAGAAGUAGCGGUUCUCAACCUGUGGGUCCCCAGAUGUUGUCGGACUACAACUCCCAUCAUCCCUGAGCUCUGGACUUGCUAGCUAGGGGUGAUGGGAGUUGUAGUUCGACAACAUCUGGGGACCCACAGGUUGAGAAAGGCUGGCUUAGAGCAAACAUUCAAAACAUCAAAAUACAAAUAUACAAAAUACAGAGAUAGCUCAGUUGGUUAGAGCAUGAGAUACUUAAUCACAGGGUCGAGGGUUCAAGCCCUACACUGGGCAAAAGAUAACUUCAAAAGAUAAUCACUCCACGAUUCUAUGAUUGGCAUGGUUUUAAUGUAUUUAAAUAGAUAGAUCGUUUUGAUUCUAUCUUACAUUUUUGCCAAUUUUUAUGGCUUUUCAUUUUUUAGCAAAUUUAACAUCAAAUGAAUUCAAAUUUCAUACAAAUUUAAAAGUUGAAUUCCCACCUCACUGCCCUGAUGUCUCACUACCCACCCUUAUUUGCUGCUCAAUAUUACGUACAUUUCAAGAAAACUUUUUAGCAUUUUAUCCUUAUUUUCUUUCUAUUUUCUUUUUCGAUAGUUUUGAUUCUAUCAAUGCUUAAUCUUUUUUUAACCAUUGUUUACCCCCUAUGUUUUUAGCUGUUCUUAUUUUUAUCUGUACACCCACCUUGAGACUCUGCUACGGGGUAAAUAAAUAUAUAAUGGCGGCAGCAACAACAAUAAUAGUAAUAAUAACGAGAUCUGCACUGCCGCUUUUUGCCACUAGAGGGCAGUAGAGCGCCGUAGGCUCUGUGGCAUUGGCAGGAAGUGCCCUCCUCCUCCGCCCAGCCUCUCACUCUUAACCCUUCGUGUGCCCCAUGCAGGGCGCUUUGCCGUGCGCGACAUGCGGCAGACCGUGGCCGUGGGCGUCAUCAAGAACGUGGAGAAGAAGAGCGGCGGGGCCGGAAAGGUCACCAAAUCGGCCCAGAAGGCCCAGAAGGCUGGCAAAUGA